UUGUUUUUACUAAAAACUUGUACGUCAUGUUUAAUAUUUCGAGGAAUGUGCUUCGGAUUCGCCCCUUGUCUGGUCGAUUGAUACCUGAAUGUAAGGGGCGUAAAUUCAAUUCCCGCGGAACUUUUGAGCUUUCCAACUUACUUAUGAAAAAUCACUCUGGUUCCUUUGGCGGAUUUUCUCAACAAGCCAGGCAGUUCUCUAUUAAGAUGUCUGAAGUAGCUGUUAAGGAUUUCAUUCUUCCAAAUGAGCAGCCUGUGGUUCCCCUUGAAUGUGGUACUGCUUUUACAAAUUUAAGUGCUAAAGAGAAAGCUUAUGCGCACCAUUUGAGCAAGGCUUCAUGGUACGGUGGAUUGGUAGUUUUGAUUCAGACAUCCAUUGAAGCUGGUUCCAUGUUCUCUAUUCUUCAUCAAGUCUUUGAGAAUGAUAUCAUUGAUGAUCUCAAGAAACAAGCCUUGGAAGUUAAUGGAUUGUCAGAAGAUGAGUUCCAGGCUAUUCUUGUAUUCACCUGUGGUGUGUAUGCAAACAUGGGAAAUUACAAAAGCUUUGGAGAUUCAAAAAUAAUUCCAAAUCUUGCUGCCGAUAAGCUUGAGAAAUUUUUACUUGCCACAAAAGCUUUCCAGAAGAAUACAGAUUUGAUCAAGGUGUGGAACCGUAUCAAAGAUUUGGUCUAUGAUUUGAGCCCCAAGAAGUGCCAUCUUGGCCUUGGUGAUAAAGGAACUACAACAUACUUCUCGUCUAAUUGCACAAGUGAAGAUGCCGAUAUUGUUAGCCGCUAUUUCAAGUCAAUCCAAAUGGAAGGUUAUAAUAACCGCGUAGUUAAAACCGAAGCAAAUGGUGUAACAAAAUACGAGAUCCGUUUGGCCUCCGUUGAAACUGGAUCUAUGGACGGUAUUACACGCGAGCCAGAAACAUUCGAAGGUUAUCAGUUCUGCGUGACACGCGGAGAUUAUUCUCCACUAUUGAAACUAGUUGUUGAAGAGCUAGAAAAAGCUAAGAGCUAUGCUUCGAACGACGUUGAAGUUGCUAUGCUAACGGAAUACAUCAAGUCGUUUACCACGGGUUCACUGACUGAUCAUAAAAAUGGAUCGCGUCAUUGGGUUCAAAACAAAGGACCAGUAAUUGAAACAUACAUCGGUUUUAUUGAAACUUACCGUGAUCCGGCGGGUAUGCGUGGUGAAUUUGAAGGUUUUGUUGCAGUUGUCAACAAAGUAAUGUCUGCCAAGUUCGGAACGUUAGUGGCUGGUGCCGAGAACUUCUUGCCACUACUUCCAUGGCCGUCGACGUUGGAGACCGACAAAUAUCUGAAACCAGAUUUCACAUCUCUGGAUGUACUUACUUUUAGUGGCAGUGGCAUUCCAGCUGGGAUUAACAUUCCAAACUACGGUGAAAUUCGCCAGGACGAAGGGUUCAAAAAUGUUUCAUUGGGUAACGUGAUUCCUGCCUCUUACAAAGAUCCCAAUAUUUUCUUCAUUUCGGAGGAAGAUAAGAAGUUGCUGAUCAGCCACAACACCGAAUCGUUUGAGCUGCAAGUAGGUUUGCACGAAUUAUUGGGUCACGGUAGUGGUAAGCUAUUUCGUCAAAACCCUGACGGUACCUACAACUUCGACAUGGAGAGCGUUAAAGCAUCGUUGGGCGAUGAGAAGUUGUCUUGGUAUGAAGAGGGAGAAACAUACGAUUCUAAGUUUUCCACCAUUUCGUCAUCGUAUGAAGAAUGCCGCGCAGAAUGUGUCGGUCUCUAUUUGUCUCUCAACGAAGACGUCCUCAAGAUUUUUGGUCACGAAGGUGAUAAGGCACAAGAUAUUAUUUACGUGAACUGGCUUAGUCUACUGUUGAAUGGGUCAACAAGAGCCAUGGAAUUUUACAAUCCCAAAACACAAUCAUGGAUGCAGGCUCAUUCCCAAGCGCGAUACGUUAUCCUCCAAGUACUUUUGGAAGCAGGCCAGGGUUUGGUAAAAGUUGCCAAAGUAAUCGGAAGUGACGGCAGAGAUGAUUUCUUGCUUUCGCUCGACAGGACAAAAAUCGGCACCGUUGGAAAAGAAGCCAUUGGCAAUUUCCUGCGAAAACUACAAAUUUAUAAGUCGACUGGCAAUUUGGAAGCUGCUCGAGCUAUGUAUGCCAAAUACUCAGAAGUAUCUUCAACGGGUCCUUAUCCAUUUGCUGAGUGGAGAUCGCUUAUCCUCGAAAAGAAGCAACCCAGGAAGAUUUUCGUUCAGUCUAACACUUGUCUGGAAGGAGAGGCUGUUCGGCUAUUGGAAUAUAGUGCAAAUGUUUCAGGAAUGAUCCAGUCCUGGAAUGAACGUUUCGAAACUAGUUCCGUUGUUCAUCAAGCACUCGAAGAAUUGUGGCAUAAAGAUGAACCAUUCUUUUCUUAAUUUUACCUUUUGUUUGUUUCUUUACAAGUUUACGAUACAAUGAUAUUGAACUACAUCCGUCACAUUAGAAUGGUAAAA